UUUUGUGUAACUAUUAAUAAAAUAAGUCUUCUAAUUUUUAUAAAUAAAUUCCUAUCGUCAUUUGGAAAUAUUUAAAUCAAAAAACCAGAUGAGAUUCAAAUUUAUUUCCCACUUUCGAUAAGUUUCUAGUGUCAAUAGAUUAGUUAAACAAAGGAAAACGAAUCCUAAAUAUUUUGGAGCAUCCAGUGUAUUGUUUUUGUUAUAAUUAAAGUUUUCUUUAUCAAGAAAGGAUUUUCAUGCAUAAUUAAAUCAGUACCGAUCAUUCGUAAUUUAUCAUUCAAACCAUUUGCGAACAUAUUCGUGUCAUUGCUAGAUUCCAUAUUUAUUAAUUUAUUAUGGUACGCAGGAUCCUGCUGAGAAAACGUUUCAUAAAAAGGAGACAAUUUCCUGCUGAUGGUGCUCCUGCAAAUCGAUUACAGAGUUGAUUUUACAGCUUUUAAAGAAAGACGGUGAAAUACUCAAUUUGAGGAGAAAAGUUGACUUAAUAAUCUUCGAUAUAAACUUGAUUGUUUAUACUAACAAAAAUGCGGGCUAGUUUUCUUCUUUUAACUCCAAUGGUUCCCAUCAUCGCUGCUGAUAUUUGGCAUCAUGGAAUAAUUUGUCGAUCCCAGUCAUUUGAUUGUUGAGUGAAAGAGAGCUGUCAGCUUCUGAAAAAAUACUGUUCAGUAUUAUAUGCAAUUCCUGUAAAAUCGAUUUACAGUUGCGCACUGUCUCGCGCAUACAAUAUUCUGUAAGCCGGUUGUGCACGCAAGGUAUCGAUGUAACAUUUGUCUUUCGAAUUUUCUGAUUAUUCGCUCAAAAAUUUGUCUUUGACAAUAUUGACAAUGUCGAAAAAGAAGAAGAAACUGCAUAUUAACACUAACGACAAUAACAUGCGUGCUACCAAAUUGAGCACGAAAAUAAGUGAAGUGUCUAACAAUAAGAAGAAAAGGAAGGUUGAGAAGCAACUGUUAAACAAAACAUUUUUACUAUGGACCAUACAAACUUCAAUAAUAGUUUAUGUAGUAUUGUUUGGUCUUCUCCCUAUGGUAUUCCAUUAUUCGUUCACCAUGCAGCGGAAAAUACUCUUCUUGAACUUUGUGCAUUGGCCACUCAACGUAGAUUUCGAAAAACCUGAAACUGUUGGUGUAGAAGGAGCUAGGAACUUUUACUUAACGACUAAUGAUGGUGUAAAAAUAGGAGCUUGGCAACUCUUACCUAGAUCACUAUUGGAACAAAAUAUCAGCGCCACUGAAGAAGCUUACGAAUCCGUUUUAAAAAAUUCGUCCAGGCCAGUAAUUUUGUACAUGCACGGUAACAGUGGAAAUCGAGCGAGUAGCCACAGAGUUGAAUUAUAUAAAUUAUUUCAAGACUUGGAUUAUCAUCUAGUGUGCUUUGAUUAUCGAAGUUACGGUGAUAGUGAAAAUGCUGAUCUUUCAGAAAUGGGUGUGGUCGCAGAUAGUAAAUUUGUAGUCGAGUGGUUGCUCAAAACUGUAAAUGGAUCAGCUCCAGUUUUUGUCUGGGGCCAUUCUUUGGGAACAGGAGUAUCAACGCACGCUCUCGCUUUAUUGGCAGUUGAUGGACAUUCCCCAGCAGGGUUGUUUCUGGAAUCUCCCUUCAACAACAUAGCUUCGGAGUUGAGUGAGCAUCCCAUGGCGCUGAUAUUUAAGCAUUUACCCUGGUUCAAAUGGGUUAUCGUUCAGCCAUUUUACGAUAAUCAUUUAAGAUUCGAAUCUGAUAAGCACAUCACGAAACUUCAGUGUCCUGUGAUGAUUUUACACGCAGAAGAUGACAACGUUGUACCAUUUUCUUUAGGCGUAAAGCUCUACGAAGCUGCUCUCAAACAUCAUGGAAAUGACACAGAUCAGGUUCAGAUGGUUCGAAUCAACGCUUCUUAUGGACUUGGGCAUAAAUAUAUAUGUCGUUAUAAGGAAUUGCCAGAAAUAGUAGAAAAGUUUGUGUCUUGGGUUAACAAGAGUCAAAAGAAUUAAAGGUAGUAGAAGUUAGAAUAAUUUAUUGCAAAAUGCUUGAAAAAGAAUUUAAUCAAAGAACUGAACUUGAGACUAAACGGACAAGGGCAAGAUAAAUUUCUUAAUUUAUUUGAAUAGUUGAAAACUAUUUUUGUACUUUAAGAUGCCUUCGUUUUUAGACAACGAGUUUAGUUCCUAAUUCUCAUCUGAAUUUAGGAAAACAUGCAAAAUCGCACGACUGCAUAAUUAUUUAGGUAGUAUUUUAUUUUACGUAGAUUAAAUAUGAUAUAAUACUGUUCUUUUUGUAGAAAAAAUUAAUGCAAGGCCAUAUUAAGUACUAAGUAUAAAUUUUCCACCUUUUUUAAAUAGUUUAAAAUAUCUGUAAAAGUAUUAUGAUUAAGGUGUCAUAUUUUAUAUUUCAGUCAUACUUUAUCAUCUAGAUUGUUUUAUAACUGUAUAAAUUAACAUUUUUUAAUAACUGAGUAUCGCUUUGCAAUGUCUAAAAAAUUAAUUCGUAUGAAUAUUUAUAAAUGGUAGAUGAAUAACAUGGCGUUUACUUUUUUUUUUAACUAUAAAAUUGUCAAAAAAAAGUACCGAAAUUAAUAUCGGAUAAGAUUCGACUGUUUCUAAAACUGUUGUCUACUGAAAAAAAUAAAUCGAUAAUAAUUCGAGUUUUGAGUGAGUGAAAUAUAGAUAGAAUUGCUUGGGCAGACUGCAAGCUUUAAAUAAAUGUUACUAAAGAUUUAAUCAUUAUAUUUUCGAAAUUAGCUUCACGAAUGCUUUCAAUAUUUAUAUUUUGAAAAUCGUCAUUAUAGUAUGCCUUAAAACACGAAAAAAACACUGAUUUUCGUCUUUCACGGAAGAAGUUACUUGCGAAUAUUGAAGAGAAAUAUUUUAGGAAUAUUUUUGAGAAUUAGCAGCAAGUUCGGCAAAAUGUGUAGAACUUUAGUACGAAAUAUUGGCAAGCUUAGAAUAGGGGUUCAUUUAGGGAGCUUCCAUUAAUUACGUUAAGCUUUUUUUAAAGGGGGGGGGGGUCAAAGGAUUUUUUAAAGUUAUUUUAAACGAUUAAGCUCCCUCGAAAUAUCUUUUAACCCUUUCAAAGCUAAAAA